UUUUUCCUCUUAAUGCUGUUCCUUUCGUAUGAGUUCAUUUUGGGGGUGUCUAUUGGUAGUCUUUCUGGUACGUGAUCGUUGCUGAUGAUGUGGUCGAUCCUCUGAAAAACAUAAGUACAGCUUGUCUUUCUAAUGCUGACCCGGAAUUGUAGCAGAGUACUCUUUUUGGAAGGGUCUGCAGGGUCUGUGAUUAAGUUCACUUUGGGUUUUGAGUUCAUUCAUUUUUCUUAAUAGUAGUCUGAGGUGAAGGUUAGCAAUUGAGGUUGUGUUACGCCAUGCUUGGGAACGGAGUUGUUGGAAUUCUGUCUGAGUCAACAAACAAAUGGGAAAGGAGGGUCCCCUUAACCCCGGCACACUGUGCUCGGCUUCUGCAUGGAGGCCGGGGUGAAACUGGAGUUUCUCGCAUAAUCGUGCAGCCAUCAACAAAGCGUAUUCAUCAUGACACACUCUACGAGGAUGUAGGUUGUGAGAUAUCAGAGGAUUUAUCGGAAUGUGGCACAAUUUUGGGUAUCAAACAGCCAAAGUUGGAGAUGAUACUUUCUGACAGAGCCUACACAUUUUUCUCCCACACUCACAAGGCACAGAAAGAAAAUAUGCCUCUUCUUGAUAAGAUUUUGGCAGAAAGGGCCACUUUAUUUGAUUAUGAGCUUAUAACUGGAGAUCACGGUAGAAGAUUACUGGCUUUUGGAAAAUUCGCUGGAAGAGCUGGGAUGAUUGAUUUCUUGCAUGGCCUAGGGCAGAGGUAUCUUAGUCUGGGAUACUCAACACCCUUUCUGUCUUUGGGAGGAUCAUACAUGUAUUCUUCUUUGGCUGCUGCAAAAGCAGCAGUAAUUUCUGUGGGGGAAGAGAUAUCUACAAUGGGACUCCCAUCCAAGAUUUGUCCCCUAGUUUUUGUUUUCACUGGCUCUGGAAAUGUCUCUCAAGGAGCACAAGAAAUAUUCAAGCUUCUUCCUCACAAGUUCGUGGAUCCAGGCAGACUUCCAGAACUAUUUGAUGCAGCUAAUGAUUCUAAGAAAGUGGGAAGAACUUCAAAAAGAGUAUUUCAAGUAUAUGGUUGUGUGGUAACUAGUAAAUACAUGGUGGAACAUAAAGAUCCUUCCAAUGUCUUUGACAAGGCUGACUAUUAUGCACAUCCAGACAACUACAGAUCUGUUUUCCAUGAGAAAAUAGCCCCAUAUACAUCUGUAAUUGUCAAUUGUAUGUACUGGGAAAAACGAUUUCCUCGGCUAUUGACUAUCACACAACUGCAAGACCUGAUGAAGGGAAAGUGCUCACUUGUUGGAAUCGCAGAUAUAACUUGUGAUAUAGGUGGAUCGAUAGAAUUUAUUAAGCAAACGACAUCAAUUGAUUUACCUUUCUUUAGAUAUGAUCCUCAUGAUAAUUCAUACCAUCAUGAGAUGGACGGAAAUGGCAUCAUCUGCUCAGCUGUUGACAUUCUCCCAACUGAGUUUGCAAGAGAGGCUUCCCAGCACUUUGGAGAUAUUCUCUCCCAGUUUAUUGGAAUCUUGGCUUCUUCAAACUCCUUUGAUGACUUACCUGCCCACUUAAAGAGAGCUUGCAUUGUUCAUGGUGGUUCACUGACCUCGUUAUAUGAAUACAUUCCAAGAAUGAGGAAGUCUUUGGAGGAUUCAUCACAAGCUCAACCAUCUUUGCAGCUGGCCAAAAAGAAGCACAGUACUUUGAUCUCUUUAAGCGGGCACUUGUUUGACCAAUUCCUGAUAAAUGAGGCAUUGGAUAUCAUUGAAGCAGCAGGUGGCUCCUUCCAGUUGAUUAAAUGUCAAGUCGGUCAAAGCACAGAUGCUAUGUCUUAUUCAGAACUCGAGGUUGGCGCAGAUGAUAAAGCAGUCUUAGAUGCAAUUACUGAUUCUCUAACAUCUCUUGCCAAUCCAAGGGAAGGAGAGAGUAAAGAUAAUAGAGUAUCUUUCAAGGUUGGGAAAUUUAGAGAGACUGAUAAUAUGGAGGAAAAUGGAGUAAAAAGGGAAGCUGUUGUCCUGAUUUUAGGUGCUGGACGAGUAUGUCGACCAGCUGCAGAAUUUUUGUCCUCUAUUGGGCGUAGUAGUUCAUCAAAAAACUGGUUGAACUCAUACAUGAUUGAUGGCUCAAAAGAGAGGACACUUUUUCGUGUUAUUGUUGCUUCACUUUUUCUAAAAGAUGCUGAGGAGAUAAUUGAAGGAAUUCCAAAUACAACUGCAGUUCAACUUGAUAUUAGCAAUGAGGAAAAACUCUGCAAUUACAUAUCACAGGUUGAUGUAGUAAUCAGUUUACUGCCUGCAAGUUGCCACAGUACCAUAGCAAAUGCAUGCAUUCAGUUUGGGAAAAAUCUUGUCACAGCUAGUUAUGUUGACAAUUCCAUGUCCAAGUUGGAUGAAUCUGCCAAGCGUGCUGGUAUUACAAUUCUAUGUGAGAUGGGAUUGGACCCCGGGAUAGACCACAUGAUGGCAAUGAAGAUGAUCAAUCAAGCCCAUGCGCGUGGGGGGAAGAUCAAGUCCUUCACUUCUUAUUGUGGCGGUCUUCCGGCUCCAGCUGCUGCCAAUAACCCAUUAGCUUACAAAUUUAGUUGGAGUCCAGCAGGAGCUAUACGAGCUGGACGCAAUCCAGCCACAUACAAACAGAACGGAGACAUUCUACAUGUUGAUGGGGACAAGCUUUAUGAUUCUGCUUCAAGAAUUCGGAUUCCAGACUUACCAGCUUUUGCACUGGAAUGUCUUCCAAACCGGGACUCUUUAGUCUAUGGAGACCUUUAUGGAAUACAAAAUGAAGCAUCCACCGUCUUCCGUGGAACCCUCAGAUACGAAGGUUUUGGAGAAAUAAUGGGAACAUUAGCAAAAAUUGGUUUCUUUAAUACUGAAGAAUCCUCCAUUUUCAAGAGUGAAGCAAAGCCAACAUUUAGAGCCUUUUUAUUAGAACUUCUCCAACAUUCCGGAAAAAACUUGGAAGAUCCAGUUGUAAGUGAGAAAUUCAUUGCAGACCAGAUUGUUGCUUGUGGCCUCUGCACAGACAGGGACCGAGCACUAAAAACAGCCAAAACUAUUCUAUUUUUGGGUUUCCAUGAGAAGGAAGAGGUACCAGUAUCAUGCAAAUCUGCAUUCGACAUUGCAUGUAUGCGCAUGGAAGAAAGGCUGUCAUAUUCAGGUCAAGAACAGGAUAUGGUGCUUUUGCACCAUGAAGUGGAAGUGGAGUUCCCAAAUGGUAUGCCUUCGGAGAACCACAGAGCAACCUUGCUGGAGUUUGGAAGAAGCAUUGAAGACAGGCAGUAUACUGCAAUGGCUUUGACAGUUGGGAUUCCUGUGGCCAUUGGAGCUCUGCUCUUGCUUGGUAAGAACUUAAGAUCAAAGGGCGUGCUAAGGCCUAUAGAUCCAGAAGUAUAUGUUCCAGGUCUGGAUAUUCUAGAGGCCUAUGGGUUCAAGUUGUUGGAAAAGAUGGAUUGAUUAUCCAUUCUCUGUUUGGCUGUCUCCACACACUAUUGAUAUUGAUGUCCAUUUAUUGAACCUCAUUUCUAUUUCUAGGGUUUAAUAAAAUUAUGAAAGAAAUAA